AUGAUGUCCAGUAAAGAGAAUCGAACAGCAUUUAUUACUUCCUCAAUUAUUUUUAUGAGAAAAUAUGGCUUUGAUGGAAUUGAUAUAGAUUAUGAAUAUCCAAAAAAUAAAACAAAUUUUAAUUUACUUUUUAAGGAAUUUACUGAAGCAUUUAAAGAAGACAAAAAACGAAAUUGUGAAAAACUUAUUAUAACAGCAGCAGUUUCAGCUGGAAUUGAAACUGCAAAAAAGUCAUAUGAUAUUGCAAAUAUAUCAAAGUUUGCAUUUUAUUUUAAAUUAUUAUUUAGUAAACUUUUAUUUUAA